AUGACGUCACGGGUGGGGCACGGAGCAGGUGCAAGUUGGACGGGCAGAACCACUGCGUACGAUUACGAGACGUUUCCGCUCUCGAACAUUACCGACGUCCUGCAACACCCGCGCUACGACCUCUCGAGGCGGACGCUGCUCUACUUGCACGGCUUCACGGAGACGCCCAUGAAGGAGAGCGUCGUGACGGUGGUCUCAGAGUUCUGCAGCCACGCGCACUCGUGGCGCUUCUACGCGGCGUCGGUGCUGGACGAGCGGCGCUACCCGGCCGCGCCGUGCGCCAGCUGGUUCCACUUCCAGUGGGGGCUCUGCCCGUCCGCGCCCGCCACCGUCGCCUACAUGGGCUUCCCCGACCCCGGCAGGGCAGAGGGAACAUAUUAUCUCGUUGCUGUACCUCCGUAAAGGGUAACUUACACUACCAUUGUGAACUCUACAAGUUCUGAUUUUAAGUUCAGUGUUUUUAUCACGAAUCAUAAAUGAUUGAAGUUAAACCUAUUAGUGCACUUACCAUGCAAAACUGAUAUUCGUGUAAAAGGUCCACUCAAACGUCUUUAGACGACUUGUUUUAAAAUGGCUACUAUUUAGCGACUUCUUUGGAACUUAAUAGCCCAGUUCCUUGUGUAACACGUUAUACCUGUUAUCACGAAUACAGAUUGCAAGAGAUUUCUCACCUUGUCAUUGCCAUAACGGAUGACUGGCAAGCAAUUUUUGCCUUUAAGUCUGUAAAAGAGCUUUAGGAGCUGGGAAAGAUUCAGGAAAUAUACAGUAUGUCGUAAAUCAUGUUAACGUGUAUUGGUUGAUUUUCUGGGCGAAGGUACAACACUAGAAGAGGUCAUCCUUGGUCUGCUAGAACAGAGAAUGAUAUGGAAUCCGUUCGUUGUUCACUGCCGAUGGUUUGUGUGUUGAUAAGAAGUCAGUUCCGAGACUUGAAGCACGUGAUUUAGAAAACAAGUUUCGCUCAGCAGUCGCACAGUCGCUCUGCGCCUCAGAACAAAAGAAUGGAAUCGCAUUGUCAGCGGACAGUUUCCUCUUUGGGAUGAUUGCUCGGAACAUUAUUGAAAAUAUUGCCAUUGUUGGAACGCGGUGUUGUUCAACAAUCCGACUAUUUUAUUAAAAUGAGCUAUUAUAGUCAGUGGAAGACAUUCAGAAUGCUAUGAAAUAGAAGCUUCGCAACAGCCCUAAAACAGAUUUUCUAAAGACUUUUAAAACGUGUAAAUUUGUUAUAGAGAAGAAGGCGUGUAUUCACAAAAAAAAAUUAUCGGUACCUUUUUUAUGAAGGCUGGUUUUUAUGAAGGUUGGUUAUAUUCAGUAAGUGAAGUUUUAGAAAACUAAUAUAUUUAACUAAAUAAAAAAAAUAUAGAAAAGGGGGAGCCUUUUUGCAACUCCAGUGCAAGUACAGCCAAUUCAGGUCUCCAGUGGAUAAGUUGCCGUAGCGGGGUCGGCGGUGAACGCGGCAGCAGCAGAGCUCAGCCCGGGUGGUGUCGACAGAUGCAACAUCCACGGCUUCCAAAUGGGAGCGGUGUCGACGGGCAAUGGAGAGGUCAGCGUUGACUUCCAGGAACGGUGUGUGGGUACGUUACAGCGGUGAAUCGUGAGAUGGACUCUAUGCAUCACUAGCGCCGGUACGGAUGUAAAAAUGCCCAUAUAAGUCUAUAUUAUCUGUUUUAUUGCAGUCGUCUAAACACUUUUGGUUUCCACUUUGUGUGUCAUUAGGCUUCUGAAUUGAGAGAUGACAUUGAGUAACAUAGGCAAUAAGAUUCAUUCCUUUGAUUUUCAAAUUUUAUGUUCAGUCCUUUAUUCUCCUGAACUAAACUUGGCAUAACUAGGUCGAAUUGUAAGUAUAGACUGAGUUAACUGUGCAGUGCUUUUGAACUUGUGCUGUGAAGUGCCUUAUACACUAUAUAAAUAUUAAACGGAAGUGCCAGAAAUAAUUUGAGUUGUUUGAAAGGAAAGUAAAUGUAAGAAAAAUAAAAUAAUAUCAAAAACAUUUUAAAAUUAUACUUAUUUUAUUUUCACACAACAUAAUUAUAAAUCUUUUUCCGCUGUAAAAGUCACACAAUUUCAGGUUUUGGAAUAACAUUUAAAAUCAUGAAUUUAAAGAAUCUCGUGAACUAUUUCAGUUUCUCUAGUGCAGUCAUAUCACUAGAGCGCUUGGAAUGCAGCAGGUUUUCCCAUUAAACUAGACAACGGAGAACCAUACUUACGUAUUCAUUUCCUUGGGAUAAAAAUAAUGUUAAUGUAGAUUGUUAUUUAAUUAUGAAAUCUUUUUUCUUGUACUUUCGAGGACCGUUCAGAUGAUACAGAAAUAUGUCGUUUUUGAGUGAUGGAUUAACGUGUGAGAUUCACCAAAUAUAAUUGGUUGAAUGUAAAUAAUUACACCAGGGAGCAAGAUUUUUACUUUAAGGAAGGUAGAGUGCGCAACAUAUUCAAUUUUAUACAUAGAUUAUGAAUAUUACAAUAAAAUGUCAUAUCAUAUCACAGUUUUUAAAUAUACCGUAUCUUUGUACCGUUUCAUUUCGUGCUUUUCUAUUAAUACAAAUACAAAUUAAAUUGCACCUGUAAGAUAUCAUGAUAUCUAUACUCGUAAAAUCUAU